CUCUGCUGCAUCUCAUGCAAGCGCAUUACAUGCAGCUUGACUUCCUAGGCCGAGGAGAGUCAGACAUUGUCGUAACGCUGGGAGGGAACACCCCUACGUACCGGCUUCUUGUUUUACAGCUAACCCACGUUGCUUCUGGGCUCAAAUUGUUUUGCCUGCCUCACUGGAAAGGAUCAUAAGGCUUGUCCUUCUCUCUUUUGUUGCUUUUUCACCAAAGAGGUGAAGCAGGAUGAUAGCGGCACAGCUUCUGGCCUACUACUUCACUGAACUGAAGGAUGACCAGGUCAAAAAGAUUGACAAAUACUUGUACGCCAUGCGGUUCUCUGAUGAGACGCUGCGCGACAUCAUGGCCCGCUUCCGAAGGGAAAUGGAGAAUGGAUUGGGACGAGACACUAACCCGACAGCUACCGUCAAGAUGCUGCCCACCUUUGUAAGGUCCAUUCCUGAUGGAUCAGAGAAGGGAGAUUUCAUUGCCCUGGAUCUGGGCGGCUCUAAUUUCCGUAUUCUGCGAGUGAAAGUGUCUCAUGAGAAGAAACAGACCGUGCAGAUGGAAAGUCAGAUAUAUGAGACUCCAGAGGACAUCAUCCACGGCAGCGGAUCACGGUUGUUUGACCAUGUUGCAGAAUGUCUUGGAGACUUUAUGGAGAAACAAAAAAUUAAAGACAAGAAGCUUCCAAUGGGUUUCACGUUCUCAUUCCCUUGUGCACACUCCAAACUGGAUGAGGCUGUUUUGCUAACAUGGACAAAACGCUUUAAGGCCAGUGGGGUUGAGGGAAUGGAUGUAGUAAAGCUCCUAAACAAAGCCAUCAAAAAACGUGGGGACUAUGAUGCAGAUAUCAUGGCUGUUGUCAAUGACACUGUGGGAACUAUGAUGACCUGUGGCUUUGAUGACCAGCGCUGUGAAGUCGGCAUUAUUAUAGGUACUGGCACUAAUGCAUGUUACAUGGAGGAGCUCAGACACAUUGACCUGGUGGAGGGAGAUGAAGGCAGGAUGUGUAUUAAUACUGAAUGGGGGGCUUUUGGAGACGACGGCACAUUGGAGGAUAUCCGAACUGAGUUUGACAGGGAGAUUGAUCGUGGGUCCCCCAACCCCGGCAAGCAGCUGUUUGAGAAGAUGGUCAGUGGGAUGUACAUGGGUGAGCUGGUGAGGCUGAUCUUGGUCAAGAUGGCUAAGGAAGGCCUGCUGUUUGAGGGCCGCAUCACCCCAGAGCUGCUUACAAAAGGAAAAUUUGAGACCAAGCAUGUUUCUGCAAUUGAGAAGAGCAAAGAAGGACUUACCAAAGCCAAGGAGAUUUUGACACGCUUGGGUGUAGAGCCAUCUGAAGACGACUGCAUUGCUGUGCAGCAUGUUUGCGCUAUUGUCUCUUUUCGCUCUGCAAAUCUAAUUGCUGCCACUCUGGGUGCAAUCCUCACACGUCUCAAGGACAAUAAGAACAGCCCGCGCCUCCGCACCACAGUGGGCAUCGAUGGUUCCCUGUACAAGAUGCACCCACAGUAUGCCCGCCGGUUGCACAAAACUGUGCGUCGUCUGGUGCCGGAGUCUGAUGUUCGCUUCUUGCUCUCUGAGAGUGGAAGUGGCAAAGGAGCUGCAAUGGUAACUGCCUGGGCUUCCCGGUUGGCCGAUCAGACACGUCAGAUUGCCGAGACGCUGGCAGAGUUCCGGUUGACCAAAGAACAGCUGCUGGAGGUGAAAAAGAGAAUGAGAACUGAGAUCCAGAAUGGACUGAGCAAGAACACCCAAAGCACGGCCACCGUCAGGAUGCUACCCACUUAUGUGCGGAGCACCCCUGAUGGAACAGAAAAUGGUGACUUUUUAGCUCUGGAUCUUGGAGGUACAAACUUCAGGGUGCUUUUGGUAAAGAUUCGCAGCGGCAAGAGACGAACUGUGGAGAUGCAUAAUAAAAUCUACGCCAUUCCCAUUGAAGUAAUGCAAGGAACCGGAGAAGAGCUAUUUGAUCACAUUGUGUACUGCAUAUCUGACUUCCUGGAUUAUAUGGGUAUGAAGAACGCCCGCCUGCCUCUGGGCUUUACCUUUUCCUUCCCCUGCAGACAAACUAGUCUGGAUGCGGGAAUUCUGGUAACUUGGACAAAGGGCUUUAAAGCCACAGACUGUGAAGGAGAAGAUGUUGUCGGCCUCCUGAGAGAUGCGAUCAAAAGGAGAGAGGAGUUUGAUUUGGAUGUUGUAGCCAUAGUGAAUGACACAGUGGGUACAAUGAUGACCUGCGCAUAUGAGGAACCCACAUGUGAGGUUGGGCUAAUUGCAGGAACGGGUAGCAAUGCCUGCUACGUGGAGGAAAUGCGAAACAUUGAGACGGUCGAUGGAGUGGAUGGCAGGAUGUGUGUGAACAUGGAGUGGGGAGCGUUUGGAGAUAAUGGCUGCCUGGAUGACAUCAGGACUCAGUAUGAUAAUGCUGUGGAUGAUCUCUCCCUCAAUGCCGGCAAACAAAAGUAUGAGAAGAUGUGCAGUGGCAUGUACCUGGGUGAGAUUGUACGGAACAUCCUGAUUGACUUGACAAAGCGUGGCUUCCUCUUCAGAGGACAGAUCUCUGAGACCCUAAAGACCAGGGGCAUCUUUGAAACCAAGUUCCUUUCCCAAAUCGAGAGUGACCGUUUGGCGCUACUGCAGGUCAGGUCCAUUCUGCAGCAUCUGGGCCUGGACAGCACAUGCGACGACAGUAUUAUUGUCAAGGAAGUGUGUGGAGCUGUUUCCCGCCGGGCUGCCCAGCUCUGUGGAGCAGGAAUGGCCGCUGUUGUAGACAAAAUCCGAGAGAACCGUGGUCUGGACCAUCUGGAUAUCACCGUUGGGGUGGAUGGCACUCUGUAUAAGCUCCAUCCACAUUUCUCACGGAUAAUGCAUCAGACUGUGAAUGAGCUCGCCCCCAAAUGCAACGUCAACUUCUUGCUCUCAGAAGAUGGAAGCGGGAAAGGCGCCGCCUUGAUCACUGCUGUUGGCUGCCGCCUCCGCCAGCAAGAACAAAAGAGCUGAACCCUCCGUCGAACAAGCCCUCAGCUCCUUCUCUAGCUCUCUCGCAGAGCGUAUACAUUUCCACUCGCAGCUGUGACUCAGCUGUCAUCCACCACGAUCCGGCACAUCCUUCUGCUCAUGCCCAGAGCUGUGAUUUGACCCCUUUGCUUCUUAUCUCACUCCUACAUGUUCCCGUCAGCCUUUCUCUGUGUAUGUCUUUGUGUGUUAUUAGGGGUUGGUCUAUCUGUGUCCACCCAAACUAUAUAAAGAUGUUAAACUGUUGUUAAAGUAUUUAUGGAUGUAUAUUGGAAAAAGGGAAGAAAUGUAAACACAUUACAAACAUUAAAGUUAAGAUAUUUGACCAAG